AUGGAACACUUGGGCGGUGACGUGGAUCUUGCCGGACUGUACCGGCGGCUCUCUGCACUGGAGCUUCGAGAGCAUGAGAUACACUCGGAGUCCCGACCACAUAUCAGAAAACGUCAAAUAGACAUCGCAAACGGUAUAUCCAACGAAUUCGCCUCUGCAGAAUGUGCAACAAAAAUUGGCUUGCUUUUGGAGGGGCUCGCCAGUGUUCAUGACGAGCGAGGCAGGCUGCGAAAAUCUAUCAAUGACAUCAGUCGAUCAAGAAUCGGAUGUACCACCGUCCUAGAUCUACCUAAUGAGCUCCUCGUGGCCAUUUUUGGCCAUGUCCGUGAUGAGCAACUUGAUCUCAACCGUCGCGAGCUGAAAGUUGAAAACGGCAACUGCGAAGAUAUCAAGAAUAUCCGGCUCACAUGUCGACGCUUUUGCGAGACAAGUUCUCAUUUACUCAUGAACUGUGUCUAUGUCGAUUUCACGACAGCCAGUAUCGUUCGUCUGACUGAAGUCUCUGAACAUCCCCUGAUCUCAAGGGGGAUUCGAUCUGUGCAGGUCAAUGUGUACUACUACAGCCAUCGCCUCGCGGCGGAUUUUUCAGCUUUUAAAUCAUUGGCAAUGGAUAAUCUGGGCGGCGCGAGAUUGCCAUUGUUGGUUUAUGUGAAGCACACGGAACAAGUGGGUGUCGAGGAUGAUUCUUCACGGGAGAUGGCUCUUAGCAUAAUGAGUCAAGUGGGAUAUAUAAUCAGGCUAUGGGAAGAAUCUAGCGACGAGAUCCGAAGCUUCUUAGAUACUCCUGGGGACGAUUCAUAUCACAAGCUCCUUGCAGAGACCUGGGAACAAUACGGCAGACGCGAAAUCAAGCAGCGUCAACUCUGGGAAGACGGGAACUUCUCACGCAUGCUUGCGUCAGCUCUCGCAAAAAUGCCCUUGGUGAACAGGAUGCGCAUCGCCGACAAUACCAGAUGCUUCAAAAAUGAUGACGGGGCCCUCCUUACACGGAUAUUUACACACCCCGAUGAGGGGGCUUCUGUGGCUAGCGUUUUACGGUCACUGAUGCUCCGACCGACAUCAUGGGGAUAUGCUUGGGGUGACGAACUUGAAGUACCACCAACCGAGUUUCUGACUCUUAUACCCCUGGCCCUUUCGAACGAUGGGGUCUAUCUUCGUAACUUCAAUAUUAGCGUAUCUGCGCCGAAAAGUUUUGAACUGCAGGUCAAUGACAGCAACCGCCACGCACUGGAGUGCGCCGCUCAACAUAUUGAGUCCUUCACGUUUGCAGUGACGCAUGAAGGUGGCGAGGCGUGGUUGCAACCCCACCAAAUACCACAUGAGCUCGCCAGCCUCCUGGAAUACAUAUCCAUCAUGAUGAAUCCUCGUAAAGUCGAAACCCUUUCCCUAAAAGUCCCGCCUCUCGCUGAGAGGGCAACGCCGUCUGCGAGCCUAGGGAACCUGCUCACCGCACCGAGAUCGUGGCCGGAGCUAAAAACGAUCCACCUUGACGGUAUUCCGUUGCGUCUCUCCGAAUUCAAGAAGUUCAUACACAAGACACGAUGCGGCCUACAGAAGUACGAUACCGCCGGACGAUUGAUUCUCAAGGAGGAACGCAUCAACGUCGCACUUUGUCACCUCGACCUGAUCACCGGCCGAUGGGAAGACCUUCUCGACAUCUUGCGGAGAUGCUGCGGCUUCGCAUCUGAAGUCACCCAUCACACUGGUUGGCUCAACUCUGAUUCUGAGUAUCUCCGUGCCUUUAUUGCGCGAGACAUGAGCCGCCCGAAUAGCAAUAGGGCUACGGCUUACAUUCGUCGACGCAUCAAAAAUAAUCCACUUCGAGACAAUUCAGACUAA